AUGACAGAUCAAUCGAUAUUCAAUCGAUUUAAUUCAAAUGAAACACCGUAUGUUGCUUUCCAAGACGAUAACGAUGACAAUGAAGAAAACGAUACAUCAGACAGUUACAUUUUACAAAAAAGACAACGACAUCAACGUAAUCCCUCAUCAGCUUCUGCCUCAUCAUCACAAAGACCUAAUACAUCUUCCCGUGCACCAGUAUUUCAAUCAUUUUUAACAAAUAAGCAAAGAUAUCAACAAAUACCUACCAAAGAACUUGAUGAAGAUUCAGACAUUGAUAGUAAUGAAGCACCGCCUUCUUUGAUAAUUGAAACGCCUCCUGCUCAACAGCCACCACCACCAUCACGUGCAAGGUCUAUUGCAUCUCAUAGAUCUGGUGGGGGUGAUAUUAAAGAACAGACGAUGUGGAAAUGGGCUAAUGUAGAAAAUCUUGAUGUGUUUUUUGAACGUGUUUAUGCAUAUUAUAUUGGAAAAGGAUUAUAUUGUAUUUUACUAAGUAGAUGUUUAAGUUUGUUAACUAUAGCAUUUGUUAUCGGAUUUUCAACAUUUUUAUUCGGAUGUGUAGAUUAUUCAUUAGUAAGGAAUAGUAAAAGUUUAUCGCAAGUAAUAAUACCAAAUUGUGUCAGUCGAAUGUCAGGAUUUUCAAAGCUGUUCCUUCUAGUAUUUAGUGGUUUUUGGAUUAUUCAAGUUGUUAGAUUUGUAUUGGAUAUUAAGAAAUUACUCGAUAUGUACAACUUUUAUACUUAUCUUCUCGAAAUACCAGAUGCAAUCGUUAAUCAAAUAAUAAAAAUCAAAAAAAAUAAUCCAAUGACAUCAAACACUAAUCAAGGUUCUCAUGAACGUUUAGAUGCACACAAUAUAACAAAUAGGAUAAUGAGACAAGAGAAUUAUCUAAUAGCUUUAUUUAAUAAAGAAUAUUUAAAUUUAACUGUUCCUAUUCCAUUUAUUGAGCGAAGACAAUUUUUAACCAAAGCUUUAGAAUUUAAUUUAAAUUAUUGCAUUUUAAAUUAUGUUUUUAAUGAUCAAGGACAAGUCAGAAAAAUAUUUAUUAAAGAUGGCAAAAGAAACGAGUUAAUCGAAGAAGAGUGGACAUCAUAUGCAAGAUGGAAGUUUAGAGAGUUCAAUGAAUUGCCACAUUUAUUUCAACAAAGAUUAGAUAAAAGUUAUAAAGCUGCUAACAAAUACAAUGAUCAAUUUCCAAAAGAAAAAACGAUAUUGAUAACUCGGUAA